CCUGCCUCAAGUCCUGGAUUAUUGAGGCAGCCAUUGAGUGACGAUGAUAGUGAUGUCUACAGAGGAACCACCGACAAACAGCUACGAAAGGAACUACUACGACCGCACCAGCAGCCGCUUAGUCAGUCAGUACCAGACGGGCAACUCCGCCUCCUUGUCCACAUCCAAUUCCAACGCCAACUCGAGUCCAUCGUCAGCAUCCGCUUCCGCGUCCCUAGCAGCAGCAGCAGCAGCAUCCGCAUCGGCGGCAGCAGCAGGAGGAGGAUCCUCUGAGAGAUCGCGUAAUAGAGAUCGCCUGUACAGGAAUGGUUCUGCCAGCGGUCAUAGCGGCGGCGGCGGUAUCAACAGCGGCAACAGCAGCAGCAGCAACACGACGACGACGACAGCAGCCACAGCUGGAGCUGGAGGAUCUGGAUCGGGGGGCGUUGGAGCUGGAGCACCGCAGGCGCUAGGCGACCGGAGCAGCAGCCACAAUAUCCACCAGAAUCAGCAGAGCGCGCGGGUGGCACCACCACAGUCAUGGUACGAAGCCGCCGCUGCUGCAACGACGACGACGACGGCCCAAUUGAAAAGUCCUGGUGGCAGUGGCAAUGCCGGCGCCUCGGCAGCCGGUGGCUUUGCAAUGAUGAGCAACAAUCACCAGCAGCACCCGCAUCCGCACCUUCAGAAUCCUCAACACCCGCACUACAGCAGCAGCAGCAGCAGUCCAGCGGCCGGAGGAGGAGGAACCUGCCCAUCUCCCGCCCAAGGACAGACACAGAUCCAGGCGCAAUCGCAAUCGCAGACCACGGCCGUGCAUCGAAGUGUGGCGUAUGCGGGAAGUGCUGCGGAUGACUCCACGCGCAAGAUGCUCCUGCACAGCAGUAAACUCAAUAAGCUACUCAAGGGAGCGGGAGUGGGAUCGGGAUCAGCGGCAGGAGCACGCUCUGGUUCCGAAUCGCCAGGAGGAGCAGCGGCUGGAGGAGGAGGUGCAGCAGCAGCAGCAGCAGCUACUCCAUUGACGACGACAAGUACAAUCACAAACAAUAGUUUUAGUAGUAAUAGUUUAAAUAAUACAAUAAACACGGCAACGCCCACGAUGCCAACGAUAGCAUCUGGUGCUGCUGCAGCUACUGGAGCAACUGGAGCAGGAUCGAUGGGAUCGACGGGGGCAGCAGCCAGCGGUGACAUUCUAAAUGUGGCCGCUGCAUUGGCCGCUGCCGCUGCUGUUGCCUCAGCCUCUGCCUCCGUGGACAAUGGGAUGCCCUCGUCGCAUCCGAUUCGGACGCGACACCACCUGCACGGACGCAGCACCACCUCCUCCAGUCGUUCGCACUCGCGCUCGCCGAGCAGCUACAGCAGUUCGCACAGCUCCUCGUCCUCCUCGCACUCCUCAUCCCACUCGCACGCGUCCAGCCCCGUCCAGUCCACGGGCAAUUGUGCGAUGAUGAUGGCGGAGGGUCGCAGUGGACGCAGCCUGCAGUCUGUGGCAGUGACGAGCAACUCUUCAAAUCCCAGUGGCAAUGCUGGCAACGCCAGCAGUAGCACAGGCGGAGGCGGCGGUUGCGGCUCCAGUUCAUCAUCGAGCAGCAGCAGCAGCUCGAGCGGCUCCUCCUCCUGCCUGACAGCCAAUCCCGUGGUGCAUUCCGAAGACAACCGGCCGCUGGCGAUACGUGUCCGCAAUCUGCCCGCCCGUUCCUCGGACACAUCCCUCAAGGAUGGUCUCUUCCAUGAGUACAAAAAGCACGGCAAGGUGACGUGGGUCAAAGUGGUCGGGCAGAACUCUGAGCGCUACGCUCUGGUCUGCUUCAAGAAGCCCGAUGAUGUAGAGAAGGCCCUGGAGGUGUCGCAUGACAAGCACUUCUUUGGCUGCAAGAUUGAAGUGGAGCCAUACCAGGGCUACGAUGUCGAGGACAAUGAGUUCCGGCCGUACGAAGCGGAGCUGGAUGAGUAUCAUCCGAAAUCGACGCGUACUCUCUUCAUUGGCAACCUGGAGAAGGACAUAACCGCCGGUGAGCUGCGAGGGCACUUUGAGGGCUUCGGCGAGAUCAUCGAGAUCGACAUCAAGAAGCAGGGCCUGAACGCCUACGCGUUCUGUCAGUAUUCGGACAUUGUCUCCGUGGUGAAGGCAAUGCGUAAAAUGGACGGCGAGCAUCUGGGUAGCAACCGGAUCAAGCUUGGCUUCGGCAAGUCCAUGCCCACCAACUGUGUGUGGAUCGAUGGCGUCGGCGAGAAGGUGUCCGAGUCAUUUCUCCAAUCCCAAUUCACGCGUUUUGGCACUGUGACCAAGGUUAGCAUCGAUCGCAACAGGCAGUUGGCCUUGGUACUGUACGAUCAGGUGCAGAAUGCCCAGGCAGCGGUGAAGGAUAUGCGCGGCACGAUAAUGCGUGGCAGGAAGCUGCAAGUGGAUUUUGCCUCCAGGGAGUGCCAGGAUGCCUUCUACGAUAAGCAGGAGAAGCAGCAACAGCAACAGCAGCAGCAACAACAGAGUGCGGGUUCGUCCUCACGCUUUGGUCGCUACGAAUCGUCCUCCUCCUCAUCGCAGUCUCGAUCACGGGCAUCAUCCUUUAGCCGGCAUCAGAACAACUCCAAUGAUGGCUGCUCGCCGAGUAACACACCGGGUGGACCCAGCAGUGGAAGCAGCAGUACAACCAACCAAAGCAACAUCGGCGGUAGCAGCACCUCCAAUAGCAGUACCUCUGCCAGCAGUGCGAUGCCAGCUCCGAGCUUGGCCUCUGCUGUUGUGAGCGGAGCUUCAGGAGUAGCAUUGCCCUCGGCAACGGUGCUGCCCUCGGUGGUUGGUUCAUCCUCGGCCAAUUCAAUGCCGGCUGCUCUGGCGCAAAGGAUGCGAAUGGCCAGAAAUGCGCGGCAUACCAUCGACUUUGACUUCAACGAUGUGGGCGGAGCUCGAGCGCGGUUUCGCAACUCCGAGGAGUACAACAGCAGUGCUGGCAAUCCGUCGCAGGAUGAGGAGAUCCGCUCCGAUUCGCCAGUGAUAGCCCGCUUGGGUCCGGCUGUCAAUAGUUUGGGUGGAGAUGUGCUCGAUGUGACAGCGGCUGGAGGAGCGGGAUCCCUUAGCCGGAGGCGAUGUGUGAAAACAACCAAAGAUUUGCACUCGGUGCACAAUCAACGUUUCCAUUUGCCCGAACAACUCGAGGAAUGCCCGUCCAGUGGUGAUGAGGGCGUGGUCAGUCCGCGUAAGCGCAUCAAAAUGGAUUACCAUCAUCUCCACCAUCAUUCCAAUGCCAGCGGAGAGUCCUCUACUGGCGGCGAGCACGGCAUUAUCGGCAAGCCCAGUCCCCUCUCCCUGUCCGCUUCCUCCAACUGUGAUGUGAUACACGAUCCUCUCAACCGCAAGAGCGAAAUCCGACGGGUCUCUGAGACGAUGACAACGCCGACGACGACGAGUGGCUCGCCUGGCAUGAAGUUCCCUGGACAUCAACCACUGACCGGUGGCCCGCCCUCCAUGAUGCUGAGCUGCCGACGUCCCUCAAUUGAUGUGGGAGCUCUGACGGCGCUCUCCAGCUCGUCAGCCUUUCGGCACGGUCUCGUGGGUGCCAGCAGCAUGGAUCAGCAGCACCAUCUGAUGAAUGCCUCACUGGCGGCAAAGCGGAGACGUGUGACCACCACGAUGCAGCAGCCCAGCAGCAGCACGUCGGCGACAUCGUCAUCUACUGGCAGUAACUCGGUUGGCAGUGGAUCUGGCCUGGUCGGAAUCGGCAGUCUUACGGCCACGGAUGACUUCCACCAUCAUGCCUCCCGGGGCAGAGGCCACCAGCUACAUUCCCAUCACUCGCACGAGGCCAGCGGUGGCGAGAGUGCGGAUGGAUCUCGUCCUGGGACGCCGCUGUGCGAUGAGCGACCCGAAGUGCUGCCCACAGAACCGCGCCGCCUGCCGCCUCCCCGAGAGAGGGCGCGCGAGCGAGUGCGCGAGGUGAUGUGGCUGCCCCUGCCCAAGUUCGGAGUGCUCUUCUUCCAGCAGCAGCAGUCCCGAGGCAGUGGCAAUGGAAGCAGUUACCAGCAGCAGCAGCAGCAGCAAGGCUCCUCCAGCGGGGGAUUGAGUGGACUGGGAGCGUCUGCCUCCUCCGCCGCUGCGUGCUCCCUCAGCAACUCUAGUCUAAACGCCAGCCAAGGCGUGGGCUCUGGCUCGGGAUCUGCAUUCCUGCCCAGUCCCUCGCUCCAGCGUUAUUGGCGUUCGUCCUCCUCCUCCUCUUCCUCGCACCACCAGCACCAUCAUCACCAGCAUCACCAUCACCACCAGCAACAACAGCAGCAGCAGUCGUUGCAACAGCAGCAAGGAUCAUCCUCCAACUCGGGCCUGAUGGCCAGUCCGGCGCGACCGCGCUCACUCAGCUCCAACUCGAGUGAUUCGGAUGUGCCGCAGGGUCACAAUGCCGGCGGAAGUCCCUCGCUGGACGAACGACUGCGCAACUUUGAGGAGAACUACGAGCGGUGGUCAGGCGGAGGCAGCAGCAGCCGGGAGCACGGUCACUCUGGUCACACACCCUCCAGCGCCUCCACACCCUCCUGGCAGCUGUCCAUGCACAUGAAUCUGGGCGGAGGCAGCGGUGCGUUGAACUCGCACCAAACGAGCUCCUCAGGCUCGGGCUCUGGGUCCGGCAACAGCAACAGUUCCAGCGGCACAACGUCAAGCACCACCAGCAAUUCCCGUCACAAAUUCCUGGAUAUUGACGAGCUGCAACCCUCAGAUAUUGUGAAAUCAGUGCUGGCCAAGAAGAGUAUCUUCGACGAUGACUUUCAGCGGCUGAAGAAGAACCAGUGGUACGAUCCCGCGAGUUCAGACUUUGCCUUGGGCUCGACUACUUCCGCCAACCUGCUCGUAGGAUCAUCACUGGGAUCGGGUGUGUCGCGUGGCCUUUGCAGCGGAAACACCUCACCGGCAUUGCCCAAUCUGGCGGCCACCAAGACGACACCCAUUAUCGGAAACUGCAGCAGUAGCAGCAGCAGUGGAGGAUUGGCUGUCAACUCCACGGCAGGCAGUAAGACGGGCGGAUUGCUUCAGAGACUGAGCAGCUUGUCGCCGAUGAACUCGCCCCAGGCUUCGAUGUCGCCCUACAACAGCCCGUCACCGUCACCCUCGGUGGGUGGAGCGGCUGCAGCCUCAGCUGCCUCUGCCCUGGCACAGCUGGCCAAGCCCACAACAACGACGGCGGGAGCAGCAGCGACAGCGAGUGCAGGAAGCAAUACCACCUCAUCCGCCUCACCGUCGUCGGGUCCUACCAAGGGUCUGCAAUAUCCCUUUCCCAGUCACCCGCCAUUGCCCAACACAGCUGCCCCACCGCCAGCCGUGCAGCCAGCACCACCACCUCCACCGGAGAUGGGAAAGCAGCAGCAAUCGUCAUCCAGACAGGCAGCAACUUCUUCUGGCAGCAAUCUGACCAAGAGUUUGAGCGUGCCCGAAGCUCCGCCACCGCAGUCGCCAUCCAGAGUGCAGCUCCAGAAGUCGGCCUCAGUGCCAGGAAGCACGAAUGUUGGCACUGUGCCCAGCAGCGGCAGCUCAUCAGCAGCCACCUCUGCGUCUGCAACCACAUCAUCUUCAUCUUCGUCCAACGGUAACAGUUCCUCAGCAGCCGCAUCAGCAGCCACACAUGUACAAAAGCCACCGACGCAGCCGCAGAACUCCGCAGAGGAGGAGCAGCCAAAGAAGAGUGCUGCAGCCAGUCAAGCCUCAAGUUCCAGUUCCAAGAAGAGCAGCAGCAGCAGCCAGGAUAAGUCCCACGGCAAACACAACAAUCGUUCGGAUGGCGGCGACAAGAAGAGCAAGAACAAGUCGGACAAGAGCUCUUCGUCCUCCUCCGACAAGCGCAAGAACUCGGCCACCUCUCAAUCCUCCAAGUCGGCCACUCCCCGCAUUGAAGAUGACUCCACCGACCAAGAAGAGUCCACGGAGAAGGCGGAGAAAGAGCGGGAGAAGAAGGAGCGCCAGGAGAAGGAGAAGCGAGAGAAAGAGCUUCGUAAGCAGCACGAACGGGAGGAGAAGGAGCGCUGCAAAGCUGCCCAGGAGGAGAAGGAGCGGGAAGAGCGCAAGGCCAAAGAGGAGAAAGAGCGGGAACGAGAAAAGGAGCGUGAGCGUGAGCGGAAAGCACUCGAAGAGAGACAAGAGAAGGAACGCGAAGAGCGAGAGCUGCGCGAGAAGGAGCAAAGGGAAAAGGAAAUCCGAGAGAAAGAGCAGCGUGAAAAGGAGCAGCGAGAGAAGGAAAUGCGAGAAAAGGAGCAGCGGGAAAGGGAGCAAAGAGAGAAGGAGCAACGCGAAAAGGAGCAGCGGGAGAAGGAGCAAAGGGAGAAAGAAAUGCUCCGAGAGAAGGAGCAAGAGGCUCGCAUGGCUCGCAUGCGUGAGCUCUCCUCAUACCACAAGAGCAAAUCGGAUGCUAGCUCCGAGGCCACCAGCUUCUAUUCCCACAACAAUACCGUCCCGCCCUCAACCGCCUCCUCCGGUGACUGUCAGCACAACAAGGAGAAUGCCAUGGAUGCCUCUGCUCCGUCAACUCCUACAAGUGCUACUCCUUUAACGCCAUCCGACAACCCCGCCAAGGAUCGUUCACGCAAAUCCUCCAGGAAUUCGCCAGUGCGCCUCCACAAGCGACGCCUCAGUUCGCAGGAUAGCAAUCACAGUGGCGGUGGCGGCGGAGGUCCCAGUCAUCAGAAUCAUCACGAUGAUUAUGUGAAGCGCAUUCGCAUGGAGAACUCACAGAAUGCCUCAAUCCCGAACAGUAAUCAAAGGCUGAACGAUCGUCGCGACUCCAAGGAGCACAAAAGCACUAGCUCCAAGGAAGAGAAAACGACCAACAGCUCACAGCACAACUCCAAGUCGCAUGGCAGCGGAGGCAGUUCAUUAUCCUCAUCCAAGCAUCACCGCCGAGACAAGCACCACCAGAAGAGCAGCGUUAGUUCCCUCGAAACGAAUCCCUCCAUGGAGACCCUAGAUCCUGCUGCACAGGCCAAGCAGCACCUGAAUACCAGCGAAGAGGAGCAACCCAAAAGGGAGAAGGAGCAGCGGGAGAGGGAGCACUCUAGUAGCCACCAUCACGGCAGCAGCUCAUCCUCCAGGCACAAGAGCAAACGGGAUCACCAUCACCACCGCGAGAAGAAGCGCCACUCGGUGGCGGAGUCUACCAACACGGACGAAGAGCAGCAUCCAACGCACUCGCAGCAGCAACAGCAGCAGCAGCAUAAUCCACACAGGAGAAUCUCGGCGGCGGGAAGUGGUUCAGCUGGUGAGCUCAGCUCGGCGGCAACCAAUACUUCGAGCGGGAAGCCCCACCACCAUCAUCAUCACAGGCGAAGUGUGGAGAGGAAAUCGUCGAGAGGAUCCGACGAGGGUCACCACUCGUCGUCGAAGUCACUGCGCAAUAAGCUAAUGAUGCUGAGCUCAGCGGACUCAGACGAUACCGACGAUGCCUCCAAGAAGCACUCGAUCUUCGAUAUUCCCGAUGAUUGCCCCAAUGUGUCGAUGUACGACAAGGUCAAGGCUCGGAGCUGCAAGAACAUGCAACGCCAGGCCGAAGAGAAGAAGAUCAAGGCCAAGUUCUCGCAAUUGAAGCAGUCACGGGCCAAGAAGAAGCGAUCCACCAGCUACGACGGUGACUCGGACACCGAGUUCGAGGAUCGGCACCAUCGCAACAGUGGUAGCAGCAGUUUCCACGGACGCUAUCCUGGCCUAUCGAGCAGUGAUGAUGAUGAUGACGACGACGAGAGACGUCAGCCUCGGCGAAUCUUCUCCGACUCGGAUGCAGACCAGGAGGGUGACCAGGAGCAUCACCAGCAGCAGCAGCAACAGCAGCAAGAUGCGGGCUCAAUGCCAGAUGCAAACCUUGUGCGACAGAUGCAACAGAACCUUCGAAGAUUAUGCGAUGGGGACGAUGAGAGCUCCGAGGAUGAGAUUAGAAGGAAUGUGCUGAAGCACAGCCACCUCGGAAAGCGCAACUCGCACUCCACUCGCAUAGCCUCCGAUUCGGAGUCCCAGUCCCAGCCUGCUCCCGACUUGAUGAUCAAGCAAGAACCUUCGCCGGCAGUGGCAGUAGCAGCUCCGCCUCCGGCUCCUGUUCCCCAGGAGAUCAAGCAAGAGCAGCUGUCGGACAGCGAACAAAAGUUCAAGUCCCGCCAUGAUUCCAACUCAUCGAUGGAAGAGCGCAAGCUAAAAACCGAGCGAGAGAUCAAGAAGGAGUUUGGAGACUUCUACAACUCCUCGGCAGGUGGCUACGCCUACUCCGACUCGGGAAAGCUUAGCAAAGACUACUCGCCGGAGACGAGAAAGAAGCACAAGAAGAGCAAGAAGCGUCUCAAGUCUUCGUCCACUGUGGAGACAUCACCUCUUAUGGUCACAGCUCCAUCAACGCCCUCCAUCUUCGAUAUGCAUUCCACCUCCACCGUCGGUGACUUCAAGCCCAAGUUGGAUAGUUUUGAUGAUCUCAAAACGGAGACUGCGGCAGCCCUGCCGCUCGACAUCUCGGCCAGCGAGAGGCGGAAGCACAAGGAGCGAAAGGAGAAGAAGCGCGAGAAGCUGAGGAAUCUCACAGAGACCAACAGCACUGUUGGCAGCGUGACCACCAUUACCACUCCCAAUCCACCUAUGGCCACCAAUGAGGUGAUCAGCUCAGAGAAACUCUCCAAGGAGGAGCGUCAUCGGCUGAAAAAGUCCAAGAAAUCAAAGAGUUUGGAUACCUCCUCAACCAACAGACUUUACAACUCGGGUUCCGUCCUUCCAACGGCCUCGCCCAUGCCCGCCACACCCACGUCGGCACCCGUGUUGGCAGCUCAACCACCGUCGAAGCGGGGCGAAGACAAGAUGGAGUUCAUCUUUGGCAUCAUUUCCGAUGAGGAUGAGUCCCAGUUUACGGAUGAGCAGGGCGAGAACAACAAGGACAUGACAACACAGGCCACCUGUGUCUCCACCACGGGUCCCAUUGUCUCGGCAGCUCUGCAAACUUACAAGCAGGAGCCUGCCACGCCGUGUAAGAAUCUGGAGGUGAGCAACCAACUGCCCGUGCAGGAGGAGGAACAGCCCCCACAGAUUCAGCAGCAGCAGGAGAGAAGUCGCCAGACGACUGGAGGUAGCAGCUCGUCCUCGCAUGCGGACAGGGAGCGGCAUCGCAAGGAGAAGCGCGAGAAGAAGCGUCGCGAGAAGUCGCAGCGAGAACAGCAGCAGCAACAGCAGGCGGCGCACCAGCAGCAGCAGUCCUCGAAGAUUCAAGAUGCCAAGGUUGAGGAUGACAACAGCGUGGAUAUGGACGAGGCAGGCCGUGCUCUGGAGGCACAGUUAAUGAACGACUUUGACAGCAAGUUGAUGCCGGAGGAGGAGGCCACGCCAUCGACGGCCAACACGUACAGAUCCGAUAUGGUGGAUGUGUUCCGAUUCUCCGACAACGAGGACAACAAUUCGAUGGACAUGAUCAAGCAGGGAAGCAGCAUCAGCAACAAGCCUGAGCAACAGCAGCAGGAGCAGCACAAGAGCAAGGACAAGAAGAAGAAAAAGAAGCGUUCCAAGGAGGAGAAGCAGCAACAUCGCCGCGAAUCCUUACCCCUUGUGGCGCCACCUGCCCAGCCCUGUGUUCCAACCUCCGCACCACCCACUCCUGGCAAGCUUACGGUCAACGUGCAGGCCGCCAGCAAGCAUGCAGAAGAGCAGAUGGAAUCCAAACGUCCAUCAUCACCGCCUCUGUGCAAACCAUCACCGAGCUUGCCUUGCCUGCUGGGUGAUGAUGACGAUGAGGAUGUAUUGCUGCCCACACCGAAGCUGCCAACAAAACCCACAACGCCCACGAGUCGGGGCAGUGACAACCUUACGACACCGUCACGCGAGAAGCCACGCCUGAUCAGUCCCAUACCCAAGACACCAACAAUCACUAACAGCACCUCCAUGCUGUCCACACAGUCCGCCGAGACGCCGGUGAGCACGGGUGCGGGUGUGAAUACCUCCUCCGCUUUGGCCACCACGCCCACGUCUUCGACAGCUGCGGCGGCGGCGGCCAGUGCGACCGCUGGAGCGGAAACAUCACCCACGAGUAGUUCUGCAGGAGGUCAGGCCCAGAAGAAGAAGGAGAUCUUCAUACCAGGGUUUGAUGGUCAGUUAGAUGACAGAAUCAGUGAAUCGGCCGUGCAAUCCAUCUCGGCAGAGUUCAAUUCCACCUCAUCUCUGCUGGAUAACAUGGGAGAUGAGCCCAAGAUACCGGUUGCAUCGCCACCGAGUGCGAUUAAGCCUCAGGAUAAGAUGGAGGAGACCAAAUCGCGGGUAACAAUUUCCCAGGAGGAGACCGAGAGUGCCGUUUCCGCUCUUUUGGGCGAAAGCUUUGGCACCUCCUCAACGGCAGACUACUCCCUGGAUGGCAUGGAUGAGAUGAACUCGGUAAGUGAUGUAGAGACGCCAGCUCUCGUGGUUGCCGAGCCCGAUGAGGAGGCCGCCCUGGCGGCCAAGGCCAUCGAGGCGGCAGUGGAGCCGGUAGCCUGCAUUCUGGAAGAGCCGGAACUGGAGCCAGAACCUGAGCCCGAAGCCGAACCAGAACCCUCACCCGAGCCGGAGCCAGAUCGUGAGCCUGUGAGUGCUUCAGGAGCAUUGCUGGAUCCCGAGGAGAUCAACAAGGCGGUGCAGAGUCUGAGGCACGAGGACAUGAUGGACAUCAAGGCGGACACGCCGCAGUCGGAGCGGGAUCUGCAGAUCGAUACGGACACCGAAGAGAAUCCCGACGAGGCGGAUAGCAGUGGACCAAGUCUGAAGAUUGACGAAACGGCCCAGAGCUCCUCCUCUUCGCCCGAGAAGUCCAUUGUCAGCGGCAGCAGUUCAGCCGCUCGGGAAGCACCAGCAAAGGAUAAACCUCUGGUGGAGGCCACGCCCAAAGCAGGUCAGGAGACGGUGUCGGUGAUUACGAAGCUGCCCUCCCUGGAGCCACAGCAGAAACCGACAGCCACCUCAUCUCCGGCCAAGAUCGAGCCACCCACCAUUAGCAAACUGCAACAGCCACUGGUGCAGCCCGUGCAGACGGUAUUGCCAGCGCCUCCGCAUAUUCAUCCAUCUGGAAAUCCACCGCCAGUCAUCAACCUGGAUCUCUCCAAUGUGAUGAGCAACUGUUCCAACUCCAGCACGGCUUCCGCGACAGCCUCCGCCUCUGCUUCAGCUUCAAUUUCCUUUGGCAGUCCCACAGCUACACCAAGUAGCCAGAAUAUCAUGCCCCAAGCAUCGACUCCAAAGCAGCAACAGCAGCAGCAGCAGGCACCUACAACGCCACUGCGGACGCAGUCGCUCAUUAUGCAGCCGCCAACAAUAUCCAUACCAGAACAAACACCUCACUUUGUGGUGCCGCAGAUGGUGUUGUCCCCGCACCAGCAUCCACAGCAGCAGCCGGGAGCCUACAUGGUGGGCAUAAGGGCCCCAUCGCCGCACAGUCCGCUCCUGUCACCAGGACGUCCGGCUGGUGGAGUCCAAAGUCGCGGUGUUGUUGGUCAACUAAGCCCCGUUGGACGUCCUGUGGUUAAUCCACAGAUGCCACAGCAGCAACAUGCACUGAUGACCAGCCCGCAGGGUAGCAUAAGCCCCUUGGCCAGCCCCACAUCACGAGUGGUGGCCACGAAUAGCUCACCGACCACCAGCAAGCCCAAUAGCUACCAGCCGAGGAGCCAGCAGCAGCAGCCCCAACAGAUGGCCUCUCCCAAGUCCGUGAUAGAGCUACAGACAUCACCACAGUUGAUGCCCAUUCCGUUGCAGAAGAUGCCGCCGAUGGCAGUGCCACAUCAUCCGACGAUCAUCAGCAAAGUGGUAACGGUGCAGCCGCAACAGGCCACCCAAUCGCAGGUGGCCAGUUCGCCGCCUUUAGGCAGUCUGCCGCCGCACAAGGCUCUGCACGUGAAUGCCCAGCAGCAACAUCACCAGGCACAGCAGCAGCAGCAGCAGCAUUCGCCGCAGAUGAUGGCCCAGAAGCAACACCAACAGCAUGUGCAGCAGUUUAUGCAUCAGCAGAUGAUGCAACGACAGCAGCAACAGCACAUGCAUCAGCAGCAGCAACAGAUGCAUGGACAGCAGUCGCCUCAGAUGUCGCCACACCAGUUGCAACAACAGCAGCAGCAACAACAGCACCACCAGGCUCAGCAGCAACAUCAGCUGAGCCAACAACAUCAGGCGCAACAGCAACAUCUGUCCCAGCAGCAGCACCAGGCGCAUCAGCAACUGAACCAGCAACACCAGGCCCAACAGCAACAUCAGGCCCAGCAGCAACACCAAGCCCAGCAACAGUUGAACCAGCAACAUCAGGCACAACAGCAGCAAUUGCACAUCCAAAAGUUGCAGCAGCAGCAGAUUCAUGCUCCCCAGCAACAGCCAUCGCCCCAGGGAGGAGCCACACACUUGGCACCGCCGCCACAGCAGAUGUAUGCGCAGCAGCAACAUCAUGUGCAGCAGCAACAACAACAUCCCCGUGGAGUGCCACCGCAGCAACAGCAACAUAUGCAACAUAGUCCACCCUGCAAGCCGGUUACCCAAGGUCCUCCUCAGUCUGCGAUCGUGACAAGAGUGAAUCCGCAGGCACAGCAGCUGCUGCAGCAGUCACCACACCAUCCCCAGCAGCAGCAGCAGCAGCAACAGCCUUCGCCGCAUCCAUCUCCUCUCAAUGUGAUCCAGAGUGCAUCCAAAUUGAUAGUGCAACAGCAUAUCGUAGCGCCGCCACCGAGCCAGGUUGCUGCACCGCAGCCACCGGUACAAGUCACAGCGAAUGCCAUUCACUAUCCGCCGCCCAAUCAGCCGAGCAAGGAGAGUCCUGGAGCUCCGUCUGUCCCAUUGGAACCACCAUCACCCAUCGCUAUGGCAGGCCAACUCAAGACCUCAGAGAGUGUCUCGGUGAUUCGCACACCAACUCCCACGACCAGUUCGGCUGUGAUCUCUCCCAAAACGGGAGCGGCCACUUCCCUGCUGACGGAGGAGAAUGUGAUCAAGAUCUCGCAGCCCAAGCAGGAUGAGCUCAUUGAGCAGGACUCCAAGGAGGUGGAUAGCGACUACUGGUCAGCUAAGGAGGUGCAUAUAGACACAGUGAUCAAGAAAUUGGAUCCCCCGCUGGUCAACAAAGAUGAGAAGCGGCCGUUGGAGAUGCAACCAGUAGUUGCCCCUGUUCCAGUUCCCAUUACCAAUCCGCAACAACCCGUGGAGCUUCCUCAGGAGACGCCGCUACCACAACCUCCCGCGGUGGUGAAUGUGAAUAGCUCGUCCAACGACCACGACACAGAGGACGAGACGGAGACCCGUCAACUGCCGCCCGUUAAGCCAGCCACGCCCACUGUAGGCAGACCGCCAGGCAGAGGAGGCACCGCGAAGCGCGGACGCCAACCGAGAGGAGCAAAGAAGCUGGGAGGUAUUCCCUUGAACCCCGUCGGUGCUGGAGUUCCAGGCGCCGACUCGGGUCUAGUGUUGCAGCCGGGUGACAAUGGAGUCCAGACUAGAGGGCUCAGAAAGCCUGCCACUGCCCCGGUAACACGAGGCAGAAAGGGUCGCCCGCCGAGGAACCUGCUCUUGCAGCAACAACAACUGCAGCAGCAGCAGUUGGAUCUGCAACGGAAAGCCAUGGAAAUGGCAGCAGCCACAGGACCAGCUGCACCUCAGCAAGCAGCAGCUCCUCCAGUAGCAACACCUGUUCCAACACCGCCCACUCCUGUGCUUACAGCCGCCGAGAAGAAGGCCAGGAAUCAGGCCCUGACGCAAGCUCAAGCACAGACUCAGGCUCAGAACCCGGUUCCGGUUCCUGGCUCCAAUCAGGACAUCUACGAGUUCCACGAGGACGCCGGCGAAGAGCCCAAGGCAAAGGCUAACGCUACAGCUGGACCAACCGGCGAGGAUCAACGACCACGUCUCAUUCUCACCAUCAACAAGACGCAGACGUCGAUCAAGAACAACAGCAGCGAGAUGGAACAGCCCCAGCAGCAGCAACAGCAACCAGCACAGCCACAACAGGAGGUGGAUCCAAAUGCCGGUGACAACUCCGAGUCCAGCAACACGCGCAAGUCGCGACGCCUGCAGGAGAAGGAAGAUCGCAGCACCGUGGACGACAUCAUCGAGGAUGUGGUACGGAAUACCAACACACCAACAGGAGCAGGAGCCAUGCAGCAGCAGCAGCAGUUGCCAAAGGGCGCCCAAACACCGCCGCGUCGCUCUGGCAGAAAUGCUCAAGCCAAGAAAGCGGAUGCAGUGCACACUACGGCAACACCCAAUGCAGUGGGUCGUCCGAGGCGCUCCAAGGACAGGAAGACCAUUUGCGAGCCGCCUCCGAGCAUGAUGAUGGAGGAUUCGAUGGCCUCCAAUCCCAGUCCGGCUGCUCCCACCUCGAUUCUCCUGCCGCCGCCGGCGCCUGAGCCAGUGUCAGCGCCAGUGCAACCCCAUAUGCCGCAGCUGGACAGCAAGGAAGUGGUAGAGCCCCCAGUUCUUCCUCCUACUCCUGCUCCAGUUGCCAAUCCCAGUCCAGCGCCCGUUGUCGUUCCCGUAUCCGUCUCCCAUCCCGUUGCGCCGGUCAUGCCUCCCGCGAAGCCUACGAUGCCGCAGCAUCCAAAGAAGAAGGCAAUUGCAGCGGCCGAGAUUGAGUCGUAUCAGGCCAUCAACAACUCAUCCAUACCCAGCGGCGGCCUGCCCAUGCACCAGACAGCGGCUCCGGCCACACAGAAGAUCACUGGCGGAGCAGCGGAUGCGGUAAGCAAGGCUCUGGUGGAUCCUGUCACAGGAGUGAUCACCGCAGGAAUGCCACAGGGUAAGGAGGGAAAUCUGCCGGCAGCGACUGCAGCGGCUCCUUCCAAUGAGACGACGCCUACCACACAGCAGCAACAACAGCAGCAACACCAACAGCAGCAACAGCAGCAGCACCAACAGCAUCUGCAGCAGCCACAUCAUCAUCAUCACCCACAGCAACAGCCCCAGGCUCCGCAGCAGCAGCAGCAGCAGAUCAGCGCCACAGUGAUUGCUCCUCCGGCUGCGGCUCCCAUUACAGCUCUGAGCAAAUCCGUGCAACUUGAGGCCGCGGCAGCAGCAGCCUUGCUCAACAAGCCAGUUAGCGUGUUGAUGAAGGGAAGCCCCAAUCCCCUGGUGAUCCAACAGCAGCAGCCGCCACCACAACAGAUGACGGCUCCACCAAAGCAACCCAUAAUUCUGCAACAGAAUCCCCUGCCCACCGUGCUGCAGCAUGCCCAGCACAGCAAUGUGCGACCGCCGCAGCCUUUGAAGGCGCACGUCCUCAACAGGGAAAAGAAUUUGCAGCAGCAGCAGCAACAGCAACAACAGCAGCAGUUGACGCCCACAAAGCAGCCGGGCGGAGCAGGAGCAGCGCAUCCGCAGCAUCAACAGCCACUGCCACUGAGCAGCCACUUGUUGCUUACGGAUGCUGUGGGCAAUCAACAGCUUUUACAGCCGCAGAUCAUUGCACGUCACAUGCAACAGCAGCAACAACAACAACAACAGCAUUUGCUGGUCAAUGUGCCACCACCACCAACGGCUCACUCGCCACACUCACCCAGGAUUCCUGGACAGCAGCUGGGACCAGGAGCUACAGUCACUCCACAGCAGCAGCAACAAACGCUGGUGAUCAAGCAGGCAGCGGCAGCGCCGCCACAGAUAUUGCACGUAGUGAGCUCCAAGGCUUCGGUGGUGCCGCAACCACAGCAGCAACAGAUGCCGCCCACCUCAUCCGGAUCCGGGGUUCACUUGCAGAUGGGCAAGCCCACCUUUGGCUACGCACCCAAUGUCUUGCCACCCAAUGCCGCGACAUCCGUGCAGCAACAGCAGCAGCAGCAGCAACAGGCGAUGUACAAGCCACCGAAUCAGCAGAAGGGCGGUAUGCCUCCUCACGGCAUGAUCCUGCCCACACAUCCGGCGAUGCUGUUGCAGCAAAAGCCACCGGCACACCUGCAAGCGCAGCAGCAUCAGCUUACACCAUCACCACCGCUGCCUGGCAAGCCCAAUCCUGUGGUACACAGCCUGCAGGCAUCACAGAUGCUGCCUGGCAGUGUGGGCAGUCCACCGCCCGUGUCCGCUGCCGUGCUGAAGUCAGCCCAGCAGCAGGUUAACUCUGCAGCGGGUAAGUUGUAUCAUUGCAGCAUAACCUGUAGCCAAGCUAACUUUGAUCUUCUUCCAGUGCUGCGUACAGCUAUACCAAACAUCAGUCCUCAGGGCCAGCCGAGGGUAUCGCCUCUGGUUCUGCCGCCAGGAAUGGCCGGAGUGCCGCCCUUCGAUGCCAGCUUGCAUGACCUGGGCGCCUAUGUCAGUGGACGGCGAACCCAGAGUCCGCCGCCAGCCCAUCAGCAGGCAUCACCCAUAACACCGAACGACUCGACAUAUCGCGGAGUGGCCGCUUCCAGGGACUUUAUGAUCUACCAGCAUCACAUGAUGCGCAGCGGCGAGUACGACGACAAGAUGAUCAGCAGCAGUCCGCCGUUAGAGCUGAGACGACCUGGCAGUGGUCCACCCCGAGCCAUGGCAGUGCCGCACAGCCUGCAGAGUCCACAAGAUCGCACAGCAGCUGACUCACCGCAAAUGGCGCAGGUUUACGUGCACAAUGCCCGCAUUCCACCGGCUCACUUCAGCGAUAUUGCCUCGCGUGGUGGAUACUACGAGAGCGGUGGCAUUCAAUUGGAGCCACCGCCGGCCCAUCGACCAGCUGCCUCCAUAAGCGUGGUGGUGCCACCACCCAUGCCCAAUGUCUCCGCUGGCAGUCCGUUUAUUGGACGCGAAGUCCUGCACCCGGGAAGCAAGCAGGCAAUGGAAAUGACACUGGAAGAGCGAGAGAUGGAGCGCAUGUCCAUGAUAGCAGCUGUCGUCAAACAACAGCAGGAGCAAAUGCCACCUGUUCUACACGCUGGCAUGGAGCUGGCCGCCCAACAGCAGGCACCGCCAGCAAUGGCUCCGCCGCCGGGUGAUUCUCUGGUGACGCUACUCCAGCGGUAUCCGGUGAUGUGGCAGGGACUUUUGGCCUUGAAAACCGACCAGGCAGCCGUCCAGAUGCACUUUGUGCACGGAAAUCCAAAUGUGGCACGAGCAUCGCUACCCAGCUUGGCGGAGACCAACACGCCGCUGCUGAGGAUUGCUCAGAGAAUGCGACUGGAGCAGACACAGCUGGAGGGUGUGGCCAAAAAGAUGCAGGUGGACAAGGAACACUGCAUGCUGUUGGCUUUGCCCUGCGGCAGGGAUCAUGCGGAUGUGCUGCAGCACUCGAGGAACCUUCAAACCGGAUUCAUCACCUACCUGCAACAGAAAAUGGCCGCCGGCAUUGUGAACAUCCCGAUACCGGGAAGCGAGCAGGCGGCCUACGUGGUGCACAUAUUCCCGGCCUGCGAUUUCGCCAACGAGAACCUGGAGCGUGCAGCGCCCGAUCUCAAGAAUCGUGUGGCCGAAUUGGCCCACCUCCUGAUAGUCAUUGCCACUGUGUAAGUCACAGAUUACAAAACUGGAUGAAUACGAAACCCAACCGGAUGCGACACUAUAACCAGAUGUUGACUCUACACACGGAAACUACAAGUGAAACCAGAAAGAUCGAUAGAAAGAAAAACAAGUUACGCUCUUCUAGUAUUUUAAGUAAUUUUAAAGAUAGCGAUUAAACAAGCAAAAGUUUAAAACAAAAGCAAAGCAAAGCAAACACUAAAAGAACUUAAAGAAGCAGACACACACGUGAAAACUUUAUUGAAUAUAAAAUAAUUGCAAGAGAGAAGGCAGAACAAAGAAAGGCUAGAACCUCCUCACGAGAGAGAGACUCAAAGGAAUUACCUUCAGUUACCCGCACAUUUUGAAAGCAUACUUGUCUAAAUUUAAUAUUAUUUAAACUUUUCCCUAAUUUAGAAGAAAAACCAAUAAUUAACAAGAAGCUUGCAAAGUAUCGUUAAGUUUGAUCUCAAGAAAGAAAGUUUUAUUUUUGCUUAAUUUAAAAAAAAGAAAAGGAAACACACGUAAAACACACACAAAAAGAAAACAAAUUGAAACGAAAAAUGUUAAGAAGCAACACAAAAGAAAGCCUACCAACAUAAUAACUGUUUAACUGUACUAUGCAUACUACUAUCCCAUACAUAAUAUGAAUAUCCAAGGUCCCCUAAACACCCAAGUUUAAGUUUUGAUUCAACUAAUUCGGUGGAAAGUUAUAGUUGCUGCCGCCGCCGCCGCCGCUCCUCCAGCUGCUGCUCCACGUUCUACAAAGUUUCCGCGACACAAAAAUCCCCCUCAAUCUUUACUUCCGCCUCGAUUCCGGCGGUUCCUUGGCUCUAUGGAAUGCCGCCUGCCGACCUGACAUAGACCCAAAGAACUGAGCCGAAUCGAGGCCAGAUCCGAUCAGAGAUCCUUGCUGUUGUUCCAAGCACAAUUAUAUAGGUUUAGCGAUGCGCCCAGAGGCUUUUUCCUACGAUUACACAUACAUACAACACGUAUACAUUAUGCAUUAUUACAUUAUACAUUUAUCCUAGACGCGUAUAUUUAAUUAUAAUCGAAUAUUGUAAGCCAAAUAUUUUAAAGAAACACACGUCUCGCCUCGUGUCGAGACAUUUCGCUCUGCAACAGAGCUGCGUUCUUCUUUUUUGAACUUUCCAAGCCUUGUUUUCUGUUAGUUUUUCCUUAUUUUUGUUUGUUUAACUAUAUAUGAAGAGAAACAACAACACUGCCACAAAAACACUCUAAACUAAAAUCUAAAUGAUUUCAAACCUUGCGAAAGCUUGCGAAACUUUGUAGAAUGUCGGGCACCACAGGCGGCGGCUGCUCAAUGUCUCCAUAUUAUGCUGACACACAACACACCUCUAACUAUCCCAAACAUACACACACUAAAUAUGAUGAUACAAUAACCUAUAUAGUACCCGUACCCUCUCUCUGUACACUCCUUAAGCUUAAAGAACACACAAAACACGUACGUUUUCACAGCCCCCCUUGUAAAUUAUGUGACGACGACCGGCGAUCGAUCGAUGGAUCGUCGAGUAGUAAGAAAUGAUAAAAAAAACACACACAUACGAAAAGAAAAUAUUAAAUGAGAAAGA